AUGCUCAUAGUCAUUUAUGAAAAACCACCAAGUGUACCGCCACCCGAGCCGGAACCGGAGCCAGAAAAUCUGCAUGAAAAGUACCUUGAUCAUUGCUUCGAGCGUGCCUGCAAGAUACGGCUGGUGAAGCAGGUGAUCGUAAUGAACGCGGAAGGACACCCCGUCCGUUCGACGAUCGCCAAUUCAAACGAUACGGUGACGACCGCCGGUCUGUAUGCUAGUUUAAAGGAUAAAGCUAGCUACUUUGUGGACUCGCUCGAUGCGGACGAUGAGUUUCUAAUGCUGCGCAUCAGAACGCGUCACAAUGAGGCAAUCAUCAGCACCGACCCGGAGCACGGACUGCUGUUCAUUGUGGUGCAGGCUCCCGAAUAG